AUGACUCUGAACGACUCCGGACGAUUCCAGACGACUCCGGAGGACUCUAGACGACUCCGGACGACUAAAACUGGGUGACUCCAGAUGAUUCCGAGUCCAGACGACUCCGGACGACUCCAGAAGACUCCAUACGACUAAGACUGGAUGACUCCGGAUGACUCCGAGCCCAGACGGCUCCAAACGACUCCGGACGGCCCCGACUUCUGAUGACUACGGACGACUUCGGACGACUCUAGACGACUACGGAGAACUUUGGACAACACUGGAUGACUCCGACUUCAGGCGACUACAGACGACUACAGACGAACCCAGACGACUCAAGAUAACUCCAGAUGACUCUAAACGACUCUAAACGGCUCCCGUUGUAAUGCUGGACGAACUUACCUUCCGAAGUCGGUUCCGAUGUCUCCAAAUUAAAAUCGGAGUCGACUCCGGAUUUUUGCCAACUUUACCCAUUCACUAAGCACAACACUGCCUCGUGACUAAUCGCAGAAUCACGAACUCGAUGGCAUGACUCAUCCGCAACGAUUCGUGCUGCGUGCUGAGAAUUUCUCCCCCGCUUCCGACUGUGUAACAACAAGGGGAGGGGGUAGUCUUUACAACACUCCAUUGUGUCGUGCAGAGCUGGGUGGAUGUGGGAGUUUGAGAUUGAGCGCUUCGCGAGCCACAUUUGUUUGAGCAAAAAAAAAGCACACAAGCUUUAAAUAAAACACAGCAAGAUAUGCUUCGCAUCAUCCCGCAUCACCCCCUCACGUGCGCAAUGCGCGCCACCGCUUGGUGCGUUGUCUUACAAGCUUGAUUCACACACCCUUGGGCGAUUAAGUAGUUCCGACUUUCCCGAGGACACGCGCCUAGGGCGAGGCGAGUCCAUCCUCCCAUCCGCUCCUCCCGCACCGUGUGCGCCGCGGCGCGCUCACCAGCAAGGUAGAAAGUCUGGAGGAACCGGCAAACAGAGCGUCUCGCGCAAGCGGUGUUGUUGGCGCGUACGCCGCCGCCGUGUUGCGAAGGGUGGGCUGCGUAUCUCGCUCUCCGUGUGCUAAGCGCAACUCACCCUCCCUCCCAGCGCACGGGGAGCGCUGCCGUGUGGGGGGUGCGCGUUCGUCGUCAUCGCGCUCUCCCUUCAGUGCCAACGUAAAGCUUGCUCGCGACGGUCGCACACCGCAUCGAUCGUCGCCAAUACGUAGCUCCUCGUCCAGAAGGCCAGAGAACGGGCGCGAGAAUAGCAUAGAGGAAGAGGAAAACAAAAAAAAACCCCAGCAUAAGCAUAAAGCUUCCCCCCGCCCCCUCGAGAACGUGCGGGUGCGUUUUGUGUUUUGUGUGUGUGUGUGUGUGGUUGUGGCGGGCAAAGUGUGGUGUACGUGCGGGUGGUUUUGGAUAUUCUCCCUUUUGCCGUCCCGGCGUGUCUUUCCCGUGCCUGCUGAACUGGGCGUGUUGUAGCGUGCCUUUUGUGUGUUUCUGUCUCUGUAUCUGUGUGUGUGUGUUUGUGUGGGUUAUGUUUUAUGAUGCCCGUAUGCUGUGCUUUUGUGCCGUGGGAGGAAUAGUCGAGGAGCGGAUGCCAUCAACUCAUCGCGCCACACCGCACAGCAAAUCACCUCGAUCAACCUACUCCAGGGGACGGCUAUAUGGUUGUGGAUAAGUGCUGUGUGCAUACAUUAUACCUCUCUGUGUGAGUUUAUGUGUGAGCAAAUUUUGUGAAUCUAGUUGUAAUUUGGAAAACAGAAAAAAAAAACAAAAAGGUGCUUUUACAAUCAAUCCAGUUACAAGAAAACGAACGAACGGCGGGAGCUUCGGAAAGUCCGCGUCGAACGCCGUCACCAUCUAUCAAGCAGCGAAUUGCGCAGAUAGCUCCACCGCACCAUUCAACCCCUCGGGAGCGACGGCUCUAAUCCGCCCAACGAAACCCCCCGCCCAGGUGAAAUGGAAAGUGACGAAAAGGACCAGUCCAAGGAACCGGCCCCGUUUCCCUACAUUCGGGGUUCGGACCCAAGGGUCGCCACCUGUCGCGGCAAGCUGCAGAGCAAGCGGUGCAAGCUGAACCAGGAAAUCAACAAGGAGCUCCGGUUGCGGGCCGGUGCCGAAAACCUUUACAAGGCCACCACGAACAAGAAGCUCAAGGACACGGUCGCACUCGAGCUGAGCUUCGUCAACUCGAACCUGCAGCUGCUGAAGGAGCAGCUGUCCGAGCUGAACUCCUCCGUCGAGAUCUACCAAAGUGAAGGCCUCGACUACGUUAUACCGAUGAUACCGCUCGGGCUGAAGGAAACGAAGGAGGUCAACUUUAUGGAACCGUUCUCGGACUUUAUUCUGGAGCACUACAGCGAACCGUCGCACAUCUACGAGGACGCGAUCGCCGACAUUACCGACACGAGACAGGCUGCCAAAACGCCGACCCGCGAUGCGCAGGGCGUUUCGCUGCUGUUCCGCUACUACAACCUGCUGUACUACGUCGAGCGGCGCUUCUUCCCGCCCGAUCGCAGCCUGGGCGUGUACUUCGAAUGGUACGACUCACUCACAGGCGUGCCCUCCUGCCAGCGGACGGUGGCGUUCGAGAAGGCGUGCAUACUGUUCAACCUGGCCGCCAUCUACACCCAGAUCGGGGCGCGGCAGGACCGCUCGUCCGAGAAGGGGCUGGACGCGGCCGUCGACAACUUGCUGCGGGCGGCGGGCGUCUUCCGCCACAUCUUCGACACGUUCACGAACGCGCCGUCGAUGGAUCUGAAGCCGCAGGUGCUGGAGGUGCUGGUGGCGCUGAUGCUGGCCCAAGCGCGCGAGUGUCUGUUCGAGAAGCUGCUGCUGCAGGUGGAAAAUUUGCCACCGGGGCGGGACUGUGUACAGAACCAUCGUGACCUGUCCGGGGAAGCGACCCAGCUGGCGCUGGAGUACCGCGAGAUACAUCAGAUCAUUCACAGCAACGAUGCCCACACGUACCUGCCAGAAUGUUGGGCCGGGCUGGUACCGCUCAAGUCAGAAUACUACAAAGCACUAGCACACUAUCAUGCGGCCAAAACGAAAGUGAGCGGCCCGGGCGGCACCAGCAGCACGGCCGAGGACGCAACCGCCACCAACCGGUGCAACAAGCAGCAGCAACAGCAGCGGUACGGCCGCGGGCUCGAGCCGAAGGACACGUUCAUCUUCGACGAGACGUCGUUCGAGUCCGACCUGGAUCCGGUGACGCUGCGGCGGGCGCACCUGCGCGAAUCACUCUCUAGUCACGAGGAAGCGCAGCGCCUGCAGCGCAUGUGCCGCGAGCUGAAGAACAAGGUCGCCCUGUCGAAGGUGCUCAACUACGCGCACGAGCGCACCGCCGAGGAGCUGGAGGAGCUCGAGCUCGACCGGACCGGCACGGUCGGUUCGCGGUCGCACCUGUCCGCGCUGGACGAGCCGGACCUGGACCAGCUGGACGUGACGCUGAACGCCACGAGCAAGUUCACGAUCUCGCUGACCGGGCCGGACUUCACCAUGCACCGGUGCGACGACCCGUUCCGGAAGCUCGGCCCGAUCGCGAUCUUCUCGGCCCGGCGCCACUGGACGGCGCCGCGCAGCGUCCGGCUGCAGAAGGGCGGCCCGUCCUUCCUGCUCGGCGGCGGCACGCUCGAUCGCCGCCAGUCACCGUACGGGGGCGGUGCCGGCGGCGCCAGCAGCAGCAGCGGGGGCAACAGUAGCAGCAGCCACAGCAGCAGCAGCAACAACCGCCGCCAGCAGUCGCGGUCCGGCGGGCGGUGCUGCGGCGAGUGCGCCAACAAGACGAACUACUACAACGACAGCCGGGCGUGCGAGGUGUGCCUGAAGGAUGUGUGCAACGUGUCGGAGCGCGAGUUCCGCGAGCUGAAGCUGCAGGACGGUGGUGGGGAGCAGCAGCAGCAUGGCACGGACGGCACAGGGGCCGAGGACGGCAGGGGCGACAUUAGCAGCUUCGGGUUCAAUAUACGGGGCGACGCGCCGGUCAUGAUAUCGACGGUGGAAAUCAACUCGCUGGCGGAUCUCGGUGGCAUCAAGGAGGGCGACUUUAUCGUGGAGCUGUGCGGCGUCGACGUGAAAUGGUACACGCUCCAGCAGGUCCUGAAGCUCAUUCGCAACUGCGAGCACAGUCUCGAACUGAAGGUCAUUACGCCGAUGGAUCGGAACUAUCUGAAGCCGAUGGCGAUGAGCCACAGCAGCAAGGGCUCCAUCUCCACGCUAUCCGGCAGCUCGUCCGGCAUCUCGUCCGGCGCACCGUCCCCGACCGGUACGACCACCAAAUCGGCGACCAAGACGCGCUCGAAGCUCGGGAAAACGCGCCUCAGCAGCUUCACCUCCGGCAGCUGGAACCCGUUCCGAAGGACGCAAAGCCUGGGCAAGAUAUUUUAAGGAGCAGACAGAGAGAGAGAGAAGAGAGAGAAGAGAGACAGCGUGGAGCUGCUUUUUUCGCCUUUUUUACGUUUACUUUUAAAACUUACACACAGAAAAUGAGAAAGAAACCGCCGCCCCUCUAAGCGUGGGUCGGUUUUAUAUAUUUUAUAGUCGUGUCACGACGUUCACCGGGGCUGAACGUGAACGCGUGACAAUAAUGCCAUUUUUGUUCGUUUGUUUGUUCUUCACAAAACACAAGAUUGUACAGAGAGAGAGACGGAUAUAGAGUAUGUGUGUGAAGCGUGCAAGAGAGUUUAUGCUAUUAGUAGUUAGAGCUAGAGAGGGCGCCGUAGUUAAAAUUUAAUAAUAAAUGAAAUAAUUAAUAAAAAUAUAUCAAUACAAAUAACAUAAAAAAGGAAAGGAAAACACGACUGGUGCUUCAAGACGAGAAUAGGGCUUACAGAGGCCGCGCCAGCGCCCUUUCUAGCCGCAAUAAAACGUGUACUAAUCACGCUCAAGCAUAACCACCAGCACCUAUGAUAACUUAAUCCAGCUCUACGUUUUAACGAUACAAAAAGAGAUCCCCAUGCCCCCCUGCCCGAAAGGGAGGAAUGGUUGUAAAAAAAAACGACAAUAAUUUAAAAACUAAAAUUACUUUCAAUCUGCAAAGAAUGAGAGAGAGAGAGACACAA